GAUUGAUAUCCUCAAUUCGAUCUCCUUUGCAGAGUCAAUCGUCCACCAUGGCCCCCUCCCAGCUCCCCCCGAUCUUCAACCCUACCUCCCAGGACAUUGAGCAGCUCCUGGCUGCCCAGUGCCACCUGGGAUCCAAGAACCUCCAGUCCCACAUGGAGCCUUACCUCUGGAAGACUCGCCCCGACGGUGUCAACGUUAUCAACAUUGGCAAGACCUGGGAGAAGAUCGUCCUGGCCGCCCGUAUCAUCGCUGCCAUCGACAACCCGGCCGAUGUCUGUGUUAUCUCCGCUCGUCCCUACGGUCAGCGUGCUGUCCUGAAGUUCGCCUCCCACACCGGUGCCACCGCCAUCGCCGGUCGCUUCACCCCCGGUAACUUCACCAACUACAUCACCCGCUCUUUCAAGGAGCCCCGCCUCAUCAUCGUCACCGACCCCCGCACCGAUGCCCAGGCCAUCAAGGAGGCCAGCUACGUCAACAUCCCCGUCAUCGCCCUCUGCGACACUGACUCCCCCACCGACUUCGUUGACGUUGCCAUCCCCACCAACAACAAGGGUCGCCACGCCAUCGGUCUCGUCUGGUGGCUGCUCGCCCGUGAGGUCCUCCGCCUCCGUGGUACCAUCGCCUCCCGCGAGGUUGACUGGGACGUCGUUGUCGACCUGUACUUCUACCGUGACCCCGAGGCUGAGGAGAACAAGGAGAUCGCCGACGAGACCAAGGUCGCCAGCGCUGAGGAGGUUGGCCCCGCCGCCAUCGAGUCCGGCUACGCCGGUGACAACUGGGACACCGCCGGUGCUGGUGCUGGUGCUCCUGGCACUGCUUUCUCCGCUGCUACCGCUGCUGCUGGUACCAGCUGGGAGGCUGACGGUGCCGACUGGGCUGCCAGCUCUGCCGCUCCUGCUGGCGAGAGCUGGGCUGAGACCAAGCCCGCUGAGGGCAACUGGUAAAUGUUUGACCCCGGUGACGCGGACGGUCGUUGAGAGGGGACUUUGAUUCACAUCUUCUUUUCCAUGAAGCAUCUUGGGCGAUUGGUGGGGGAGCUUUCAGUGGACUCCUUUGCCGAAUAGGAGCGACACUCGCGCACCCUUCGAACCACAGAAGAGGAAAAGCAAUCCCCUUGUCAUGUCUAUCCUAGUCUCUGUUCAACAAUUUACCAAAAAAAAAACCAA